UCUCGGUUGCCGGGCGGGGGAGGGAGGGCUCGUCCGGUUUUUCUCAGGGGACGUUCACAUUAUUUUGGGAACGGGAGUCCGGAGAGGACGGGGCGGGCCCCGACGUGCGCGCGUCCUCCCGCCCCAGCCCCCGUCGGUCGCUCGCUGGCUCCGGCCCCGGGCGGGCGUCAUGCCGCCUAAAAACCACCGAAGAGCCGCCGCCGUUGCCGCCGCCGCCGCCGCCGCCGCCGCCGAACCCCCAGCCCCGCCGCCGCCGCCUCCUCCUGAGGAGGACCCGGAGCCGGACAGCGGCCCCGAGGACCUGCCUCUGGCCAGGCUUGAGUUUGAAGAAGCUGAAGAUCCGGAUUUUACUGCAUUAUGUCAGAUAUUAAAGAUACCAGAUCAUGUGAGAGAAAGAGCUUGGUUAACUUGGGAUAAAGUUUCAUCUAUGGAUGGAGUAUUGGAAGAUUAUAUUCAAAAGAAAAAAGAACUGUGGGGAAUCUGUAUCUUUAUUGCGGCAGUUGAUUUAGAUGAGAUACCAUUCACUUUUACGGAGCUACAGAAAAACAUAGAAACCAGUGUCUAUAAGUUCUUUGAUUUACUAAAAGAAAUUGAUACCAGUACUAAAGUUGACAAUGCUAUGUCAAGACUUUUGAACAAAUACAAUGUAUUGUGUGCACUCUACAGCAAAUUAGAAAGGACAUGUGAACUUAUCUACUUAACACAGUCCAACAGUUCAGUAACUACUGAAAUAAACUCUGUGUUGGUGCUAAAAGUUUCUUGGAUCACAUUUUUACUAGCUAAAGGGGAAGUAUUACAAAUGGAAGAUGAUCUGGUGAUCUCCUUUCAAUUGAUGUUGUGUGUCCUUGACUAUUUUAUAAAACUCUCACCACCUGCAUUGCUCAAGGAACCAUAUAAAACAGCUGUAAUACCUAUUAAUGGUUCUCCUCGAACACCAAGGCGAGGUCAGAACAGGAGUGCACGGAUAGCCAAACAACUAGAAAAUGAUACAAGAAUUAUUGAAGUUCUCUGUAAAGAACACGAAUGUAAUAUAGAUGAGGUGAAAAAUGUUUAUUUCAAAAAUUUUAUACCGUUUAUGAAUUCUCUUGGAAUUGUAGCUUCCAAUGGACUUCCAGAGGUGGAAAGUCUCUCUAAACAAUAUGAAGAAAUUUACCUUAAAAACAAAGAUCUGGAUGCAAGAUUAUUUCUGGAUCAUGAUAAAACACUUCAAGCUGAUCCUACAGACAGUUUAGAAUUGCAGAGAACACCACGCAAAAAUAAUCCUGAUGAAGAUGUGAAUGUGAUUAUUCCACAAACUCCAGUUCGAACUGUUAUGAAUACUAUUCAACAACUAAUGAUGAUCUUAAAUUCAGCAAGUGAUCAACCAUCAGAAAAUCUAAUUUCCUAUUUUAAUAACUGCACAGUUAAUCCAAAGGAAAAUAUCCUGAAACGAGUGAAGGAUAUUGGAUACAUCUUUAAAGAAAAAUUCGCUAAGGCUGUGGGACAGGGAUGUAUGGAGAUUGGAUUGCAGCGAUACAAACUUGGAGUGCGAUUGUAUUAUCGAGUAAUGGAAUCCAUGCUUAAAUCAGAAGAAGAGCGAUUAUCCAUUCAAAAUUUCAGUAAGCUCCUGAAUGACAGCAUCUUUCAUAUGUCUUUGUUGGCGUGUGCUCUUGAGGUCGUAAUGGCUACUUAUAGCAGAAGUAUGUCUCAGAAUCUUGAUACUGGAACGGAUCUGUCCUUUCCAUGGAUUCUGAAUGUACUUAACUUGAAAGCUUUUGAUUUUUACAAAGUGAUUGAAAGUUUUAUCAAAGCAGAAGCCAACUUGACCAGAGAAAUGAUAAAACAUUUAGAGCGAUGUGAACAUCGAAUCAUGGAAUCCCUUGCAUGGCUCUCAGAUUCACCUUUAUUUGAUCUUAUUAAACAAGCAAAAGACCGGGAAGGACCAGCUGACCACCUUGAAUCUGCUUGUAAUCUCAGCCUUCCUUUACAGAAUAAUCACACUGCAGCAGAUAUGUAUCUUUCUCCAAUAAAAUCUCCAAAGAAAAAAGGGUCAACUACACGUUUAAAUUCUACUGCAAAUGCAGAGGCUCAAGCAACUUCAGCACUCCAGACACAGAAACCUUUGAAACCUACCUCCCUUUCACUCUUUUAUAAAAAAGUUUAUCGAUUAGCAUAUCUUCGACUCAAUACCCUGUGUGCACGCCUUCUCUCCAACCACCCAGAACUAGAACAUAUCAUCUGGACCCUUUUUCAGCACACUCUGCAAAAUGAAUAUGAACUCAUGAGAGACAGGCAUUUGGACCAGAUUAUGAUGUGUUCCAUGUAUGGUAUAUGCAAAGUGAAGAAUAUAGAUCUUAAGUUCAAAAUUAUUGUAACAGCAUAUAAGGAUCUUCCUCAUGCUGUUCAGGAGACAUUCAAACGUGUUUUGAUCAGAGAAGAGGAAUAUGACUCCAUUAUAGUUUUCUAUAACUCAGUCUUCAUGCAGAGACUAAAAACAAAUAUUUUACAGUAUGCUUCUACACGGCCUCCUGCCUUGUCUCCGAUACCUCACAUUCCUCGCAGUCCUUACAAUUUUUCUAGUUCACCUUUGCGGAUUCCUGGGGGGAAUAUCUAUAUAUCACCCCUAAAAAACCCAUAUAAAAUUUCAGAAGGUCUGCCAACACCAACAAAAAUGACUCCAAGAUCAAGAAUCUUAGUAUCAAUUGGUGAAUCAUUUGGGACUUCUGAGAAGUUCCAGAAAAUAAAUCAGAUGGUGUGCAACAGUGACCGAGUGCUCAAACGAAGUGCUGAAGGAAGCAACCCGCCUAAGCCACUGAAAAAGCUGCGCUUUGAUAUCGAUGGAUCAGAUGAAGCAGAUGGAAGUAAACAUCUCCCAGGGGAAUCCAAAUUUCAACAGAAACUGGCAGAAAUGAUUCUUUAUCCAUUUUCCAGCCUCUACGCGAACACGAAUGCAAAAGCAGAAAAUGAAUGAUAGCAUGGAUACUUCCAACAAGGAAGAAAAGUGAGGACUGUAUGACCCUGGUGGGCACUGCGUACAUCCCUCGCUCUGUGGUCUCUUGGAUUGCCUAUACAACUCUGAGCUUGUUCGUUGUAAUAUUUAAUAUGUAUCUGGGCUGACUCAUGGAUAUAAAAUAUGUAGAUGCACAAUGAAUAUUUGUGCAUAUGAUUCCUAAGCCACUUGCAGUGUUGUGGUCAGUAGACUGUACAUUGUUAUUGUACAAGAUUGUAAAUCUUGUGUAAAUCCUGCCAUUUAAAAGUGUGUAGCAGAUGUUUCCAUUUCCAAAGUAUAAUUGCUCUGCUUUCCAAAUGGUAAGGAUAUCCCAGAGUGGGAGUCUUAAUCCCUAAAUAACUGAGUAUUUUGUCUUUCCUUGUAGCAUAUGGUUGAUGUUUGCUAUUGUUUUUAUUAAUUUAUAUUUAUUUUUUUUUAAUUUAACGUGAACCGUAGAAAACUUGUCUUCCAAAUGCAAUUUGGCUGACUGCCUCCCUUCCUUUCCCCUGCCCCAAUUCUCCCAAAUGAUUUUGACCCCUUCUGCUAAAACAGGUUGUUAGAAGAUAGGGGAAAAAUACUAAUUUUUAUACAUUAGAUUUUAGUUUACUAAUGAAAUCUGAUGUACUGUCUGCUUGUUUUAUAGAUUCAGCUUUUAAAUACAAGCAGAAAGUAAAGUAUAAACAUACUACUGAUACAGAUUUCAUACCUCAGGACUUGUAAGAAUUUGAUUAUUUUCUUCAUCCCACUCAUGCUUUAAAAUGAGGGUAUUUCGUAGUACUCUUGGUUUUUGUACCAUUCAGAUCACUGAAUUAAUAAACUACCCACCUACUACUUGAAAGCUAAAGUGUUCCGGCUAGAGUUUUGUUGUAGAGGACCCUAAUAUAGUAUAACCCAAGUGCACUUUUAAUGUUUCUGGGUCCUGAAGAAUCAAGACACAAAAUAGGACUGUUAACUAUAGGAGCCUUAAUUUCUUUUUUCUUAAGUGAUUUGUCUAAUGCAUCUUUGCAGUUAUUCUACCCUCCUAAAUUUGAGAAGGGUUGUUUUUUUUUUUCCAGAAUGGCACCUGUCUUCCAUUCCAUAUCUUUUCAACUGGCAGUUGUCUAUUUAUCUUUUUUUUUUUUUUUGAAGUCAGUAAGGUCUAACACUGGCAAAUUCAAAGCCACAUUAAUUCCCGUCUAAAAUAGCAAGUAAGCAAAAGUUUUUGGGUUUUGACUACUCACAUUUCUAUCUGAUUUUGUGCAGAAACUUCAAAAUUAAAUAGCUACAUUAGAAAGAGGCAUUUUUCCCUCCUGGAACCUAAAGGUUUAUUUAAACUAUCUUGUGUGAUUAACUUAUUUAGAGAUGGUAUAAUUUAAAAUAGGUGGUAUUUAAGGUAGAAUUGACUAGAUUUUAGUAAAAUUACGGUCUGAAUGCAGACUUCUUUUAAAAAAGAAUUCUGGUCUUCGUUAGAAAAUAAUUUUAAUUUGUGCUUAAUUAAGUUUCAAACUUAUUUUUUGGUAGAUACCUUAAUAACAGGCAUUAGAAAGCUUUAUUCCAUUUUCUCAAUUUUUGCAUGAAUGUCAUACAAUCCAGCUUUCAUCCAAGGGCUUACCAUAUUUCUGGAUCUUUUGCUAAUAAUUUCACAUUAGAUUUAGUGUCAGAAUUUUAGGAACAUCAAAAAUUAGGUAUUGAGAUUGCUCAUGGCUUCAAAUAUUGCUUUAUUGGUUUUUUUAUAUUGGUUAAAACUGUACAUUUAAAAUUGCUAUGUUACUAUUUUCUACAAUAGUUUGUCUAUUUUAAAAUAAAUUAGUUGUUAAGAGUC